AUGGCCACACUGGGAAACUUCGUGACCGUUGCCUUUGGAUCUGUGCUGUCCACCCUUCUCGGUCCGACUGGAACAAGCCAUAUCCCUGAUACUUGGACAUACCUCCUUCCCGGAACUUUCAUUUCAGAUCUCCAUGGUACAUUUCUGGCUGAUACCUCCACCUCGGAUGCGUCGAUCAAUCGGCGUCUUGGGUCGGCAGCAAGUGGUGUGAUUACCUGCUACCAGCCAGCCGAACUGUCAUUCUGUCACCGUGAUCUUGUCGCAGAGGUUUUGCUUGACUUACCUGGAAGCGGGGCGUUCUAUGAGGCCGGUAUCUAUGUCCCGUUUCUGAAUGAGGUGUGGUUUACUGGUAACUAUGCCCGAUACCCAUCUCCGAGCCAGGCGACAGCAUACAACCUCCAAGAUGGAACGGUGCGAAACAUCACGCAAGUCCCCUACGGUGCAGGGGGCACCUAUUUCGACGGAUUAGUCUACAUGGGCAACAUUCCCCCGACACCAGGCACGACCACCAUCGAUCCAUCCACGUUAGAAACGACCACGAUAUUCAACUCCUACUUUGGUCUCCCAUUCAGUCUCGUGGAUGACAUCGCUUGGGCCACACACCCGACGACCAACAAAUCCUACCUCUUCUUCACGACCUUCUUCACAGCCCUCGAACCAGACGGUCCCACCGUCCCCAUCACCAGCCCCGUUCUCCUCCCCAACGGCGUGUGGCGCUGGGAUCCGGACGAGAAGAUCCUCCUUCCCAUCAUUAGUCGGUUAGAUAUUGUUGUCCCGAACGGAAUCACCGUCUCUCCGGACCACAAAACGCUUUAUAUCACGGAUAGCUUGGGUACAGGGGCUGGGGGCGUGGGGGAAGGGAAUCAGGGCUAUGCGCCGACGGCGGGACCGAGUAUCUACGCGUAUGAUUUGAAUGAUGCCAUGCUGCCGGUGAAUCGACGGCAGUUUGGACUCGCGAGGACGGGCUAUCCGGAUGGGGUUCAUGUGGACGAUGCGGGACGGGUGUGGACGGCGGAGGGGGAGGGCAUUGUGAUCCGGAGUGCGGCGGGGAAAGUGCUGGCUGUGUUUAAUUCGGCUGCGUUUGGCGUGGCUCCAGGGCAUGGAGGACAGAUUUCGAACUUUGCUCUGGCGGGGGAUAUGCUGGUGGUGGGGGGUGGGGAUCGGUUGUAUGGGGUGCGUUUGGGGGAGACGGUGGCUACGGGGUGUUCGUGA